AUGGUAACGAGAGGCAAAGGCAUUCUCCCUCCCUUAAAAGUUGGCGACAAUGUUCUGGUAUCAAUCCCGUCGGUAGAUCGAGGGCGAGGAGAUGCCGCCAACCUUCUUUCGGUUGUAAUGGAAGAAAAAGAUGGUAAAUUUCGUAUAGCAACCAAAGAAGGAACGCUAAACACAUGGCUGGAGCGGAACAGUUUGGCUGCUACGAAGUACUGUUCCUUAACGACAACAGACGUUCAAUCAAAUGAAUAUUCGUUACGGGAACUUGUCCGAUUAGGAUCAGUUGGGACUGGACAAGGAUAUCGACGUUGUACCUGUCGUACGAAUUGCACAUCAAAAAAGUGCACAUGUAGGAAAAAUGACAUGAUGUGUAAUUCGGCGUGCCACCCAGGCAGUAGUUGUCAAAAUUUAUAA